CGGAAGAGGCUAGCGGGGGUCUACGGUCACGUCGGCGUCUGUGAGUUUUCGUCUUGUUGAGUUUAAACCUGAGCGUCUCAGUCCACAGUCCUAUACGCCUAGAGUCUUGGGGUUGCUACGGACGUUAACAUUCCUGCACCCGUGCCUCUUACCUUCGGAUUGACAUCUCAGGACUCACCUUGCCUGAGAAAGAAGCCCUGAAGAGGAAGAAGAGGAAAGGACAAGGAGUCAGGAAUGACUCUUUCUCAGGCACAGUUGACAUUCAGGGAUGUGGCCAUAGAAUUCUCUCAGGAGGAGUGGGAAUGGCUGGACCCUGCCCAGAGGGCCUUGUACAGGGACGUGAUGUUGGAGACCUACAGGAACCUGCUCUCCCUGGAUAUGUCUACCAGAUGUGAGAUCAAAGAAUUUUCACCAAAAGAGGACAUUAAUAAUGGAGACUUAUUUCAGACAUUGGUUUUUGAAAGACUUGUAAGUCAUGAUUUUGAUGAUUUUGAUUUCAGUGAAGUCCAGCAAAAUAUGCACAAGUUUGCGAAUCAGUGGGAAUAUGAAGAAAAAAGUUGCAAAGGAGUGACUGCAACCCCUUGCAAAAAUCUCACUGGUAGUAGAGAUCAACAACAUCAUAAAUCCUGGAAUAAUUUUCCUUUAAAGCAGAAUGUUUCUGUAAGAAGUAUGUCUCAAUAUUACAAAUAUUACAAGUCAUAUAUGAGGAGUAAGGAACUAAAAAGUAAUGUAGGCUAUUCAGGAAACAAGUUUUUGAAAUGUUUGGAAAAUAGGCUUGGAUUAAGCCUUCAUUCACAUUUGGCUGAACUGCAGAUUUUUCAAACUGAGGAGAAAAUUUACGAAUGUAAUCAAGUUGAGAAGUCUAUCAAAAACUGUUCCUCAGUUUCACCACUUCAAAUAAUUCCUCCUAGUGUCAAAAACAUUUGUAAUAAAAAUGAGAAGGUUUUAACGCAUCCUUCAUUGCUUACACAACACCAGAAAACACAUAUUAGAGAAAAGCCCUACAAAUGUAAUGACUGUGGGAAGGCUUUUAGCCAUUGCUCAGUCUUAGCUAAUCAUCAAAGAAUUCAUUCUGAACAGAGACCUUACAAAUGUAGUGAGUGUGGCAAAACCUUUAACAGAUUCUCAAACCUCACAAGGCAUCAGAGAAUUCAUACUGGGGAGAAACCAUAUAAAUGUAAUGUAUGUGGUAAGGACUUUAUGAUACGUUCACACCUUUGGGGUCAUGAGCGAAUUCAUACUGGAGAGAAACCUUACAAAUGUAAUGAGUGUGGCAAAGCGUUUUCUGAGCAUUCAAAUCUUGCUCAACAUAAGAGAAUCCACACUGGAGAGAAACCUUAUAAAUGUAAUGAGUGUGGUAAGGAUUUCACCACACGUUCACACCUUUGGGGCCAUGAGAGAGUCCAUACUGGAGAGAAACCAUACAAAUGUCAUGAGUGUGGCAAAGCUUUCACUGGGAGUUCAAACCUUACUCAACAUAAGAAAGUUCAUACUGGAGAGAAACCAUAUAAAUGUCAUGUAUGUGGCAAGGCCUUCAGUCAGAAUUCAAGCCUUACAGUUCAUCAGAGGAUUCAUACUGGGGAGAAACCUUACAAGUGUCAUGAGUGUGGCAAAGCCUUUAAGCAGUACUCAAGUCUCAACAGACACCAGAAUAUACAUGGAAUGAAGAUACAGAUGUAAAGUGUGUGGUAAGGUUUUUAUUAAAUGUUCAUAUGUUUGGAGUGAUGAGAGAAUUUAUACUGGAAAGAAGCCUUACAGGAGAAUAUAUUA